AUACAGAUGGAAAGACACCACUUCACAUCGCUUCGCAGGACAAAGCAAUAACAGUGUAUUUGCAAGAAAAAGGAGCUGAAAUUAACAUACACAAUAACAAUGGUAGAAUACCACUUCAUGAAGCAGUAAAAUGUAAUUCAGCUGAUUGUGUAAAAUAUCUAGUAGAAAAAGGAUCCAAGGUGAAUUUGGCAGAUGCUAAUGGAAUAACGCCACUUCUUCUUGCAUCAAGUGGUGGUAUGGCAUCUUAUUUACUUCGUAAUGGAGCAGAUCCUUUUGUGACAGAUGUGGAGGGCAACUCGGCUUUGCACUUGGCUGUCAGUAUGUCUUCUAAUGCAGAUUCAUUAGCUUUAGUUGAACUAUUAAUUGAGAAGGGUGUUAAAGUCAACAGUAUAAACAGACAAGGUGAAAUCCCACUUCACAUUGCUGCUGGAAAGAAUUCAUUGCAGAUUGUAAGAUACCUAGUUGAACAGGGGUCCGAGAUAAACUUGCUCAAUGGGAAAGGCAUGUCACCACUUUAUCGCACAGUAUGGGUGAUUGAAGGACCUUUUCAUGUCAGUUUAUAUUUGUUGCAUAAAGGAGCUGAUCCUAAUUUGAUAGGCCAAGGGAGGGUGCCCCUUUUACACUUGGCACUUUUUAACGCAUCUUUAGAAUUUACAAAGGCAUUAGUUCAGAAGAAGGCUAAUUUGACUAGAGCUGACAUAUAUGGUAUGAUGCCACUUCACGCCACAAUUAAGUAUAAGAAUUCAUUGGAAUUUGUAAAAUGCCUUGUUGAAAAUGGAUCCAAUGUUAAUAUUAAGAACAAGGGAAGCACACCACUUCAUGUGGCGAUAACUGUUAAGAGUUUUGACGUGUGUCUUUAUCUACUUGAUAAAGGAGCAGACCCCAAUGCCACUGAUGCAGAACAGAAUUCUCCACUGCACUUGGCUGUUGAAGUGAAUUCUCUACACUUAGUGGAAGCAUUAAUUGAAAGAGGUGCCAAUUUGAAUGCAGUCAAUGCAGUUGCAAGUUCACCUCUGCACUUGGCAGUUCGAAAGGACAAUUUAGUAUUAGUAAAACAAUUAGUUGAAAAGGGAGCAAAGCUAAAUGUUGUAGAUUCGUCUGGGAACACACCACUUCACUCUGCUGCACAAUACAGUUCAGUGGUGAUGGUCAGGUAUCUAGUAGAGAAGGGUUUACAAAUAGAUCUACCAAAUGGAACUGGAAUGACGCCCAUUCAUCUGGCAGCUCGACACAAUGAAUGUGAAGUGUGUGUGUAUCUACUUGAUAGAGGGGCUGAUCCCAAUGUAACUGAUGCAGAUAGCAAAUCACCUUUGCACUUCGCUGCUUGUAAUACACAUUUAGAUAUAGUAGAAACAUUGGUGCAACAUGGAGCCAAAGUGAAUGAUUUGGAUAAAUUUGAAUACACUCCACUUUACAUUGCUGCUAAGGGAGGCUCCUUGAAAACUGUGAGUUAUCUAAUAGAAAGGGGACACCAGAUAAAGCCAGCAAAUGACUAUAUAAUGAUGCUUUUUAAUUUGGCAGUAGAAUAUAAUACAGAAGAUGUGUGUGUGUAUUUACUUGCUAAAGCAUCAAACCCAACUUUAGUGGGCAAUACAGAGAUGGAUUCACUAAUACACAUUGCAGCACGAAGAUGUUGGUUAAGUUUAAUUAAGGCAUUAAUUGAAAGUGGAGCCAACGUGAACGAAGUGGACAGAUGUGGUAGAACCCCUCUUCUGAGUAUGUUACAGUACUACUCUGAAGACAUCUGGAAAAGGCCAGAUCCUCUGGAAUGUAUGGUUUGCCUCAUAGACCAAGGUGCAGAACUAAACACAAAGGACAAUGAAGGCAGAAUCCCACUUCAUAUAGCAGCAGCUUUUUGUUAUCCGGAAUUUGUCAAAUGUUUAGUACGAAGUGGAUCUGAUAUAAACAUUAAAGAUAAUAAUGGUUCAACACCACUCCACAAAGCACAAACACAGCCUAUACGUGAUCAAAGUCUAUAUUUACUAAAACAUGGAGCUGACCCCAAUGUGAAAGAUACAGAAAACGUGUAUCCUUUGCAUAUAGCAGCAGAGAAUUGUGAACUGUCUUUCCUGAAAGCACUAGUGGAAAAGGGAGCCAAUCUGAAAAUAACAGAUUCAGAUGGUAACACCCCACUCCACUUAACUGUGGAUGGACAUUCAAUAGAGUGUGUGAAGUAUUUGGUAGGAAAAGGAUGCGUAGUAAACGCAGCAAACAAGAAAGGAAAUACACCACUUCAUAAUGCUGCAAAAUUGAGAAAUUCAAAUAUUGGUUUAUAUCUACUAACUAAAGGAGCUGACCCUAAUGUAACAAAUACAGAGAAUAUGUCACCUUUGCAUUCGGCAGCAACAACAGAGCAUUCAGAUUUCGUGUAUGCAUUAGUUAUGAAUGGAGCCAAGCUGAAUGCAGUGGAUAUCACAGGAGAGACCGCACUCCACAAAGCAGUAUGCUGUACUCGGUUUAAAACUGUGCGUUGUCUGGUAGAAAAAGGAUCAGACAUAAACUUAGCAAAUGCCUCUGGUAAAACACCGCUUGAUCUGGCAGAAGGAGCCGACCUUUCAAAUAUUAGAGGAUAUCUCUUGGCUAAAGGACCUAGCCAUGCCAAGGAUAUGUGCACGCCUACCCAGCAAUAGGUGCAGCCAUUCAUUCAUAAUCAUGUCUACUAAUCACACGCCUCGCUAGUCAAGACCUUCUAUCCCAUAGACCUCAUGUUCCAAGUGAUACUAGUAUAACCGGUCUCGGUGGUGUCGUGGUUAAGCCAUCAGACAUAAGGCUAGUAGAUACAGGGUUGGCAGCCUGGUACCGGCUCCCACCCAGAGCGAGUUUUAACGACUCAAUUGGUAGGUGUAAGACC